AUGGAGGCGCAACAACAACUAGGCGCACAGGCACUUCUUCAGCUUGGAACUAAGAAAGGAGGCCAGGCCGAAGAUGGCUCUGUUUUCAAUGAAGAUGGACCAAGCGAUGGCGAAGUUGAUCAAUCCCACAACGACAACAAUGUCGAAGAUGCGCUUGUUGACAGUGACGAAGACUCAAAGAACCAGCAAUUGAAUGAUGCUGUCGAGGCUGCAGUGAUGCGCUAUGUUGGAGGAACACUCACAGACCGUAAAAGAAGACGUCCCCAUCCACAGCUGCAGCAACAGCUGCAGCAACAGCUGCAACAACAACAGCAGCAACAGCAACAACAGCAACAACAGACUCAAAAUACGCCCUCUCAACAACAUACACAUGCCCCUGUAGACGAUAUUAUGAACGACUUUGGUCCAUGGACAGGAUUCUUGGAUGAAGAUAUGACUGCACCACCACCAGAUGCGCCUGGUCCAGAGACAAAUGAUGAGUAUAAGAGAAGGCGGAAGGAUACAGGCGUGGUGCCUUCCACGACAGUCGACCCCGAGUUAACCGGCUUAGACUCCACGGAACAUGACGAGCUUGUGCAGGCUGCAAUUCUUGAUGCACGAGAGUUGGCGAAACAUUUAGGAAACGGCGCCUUACAAGACCAUGACGUGUUGGCUGCUCACAACUCAUUGCAUAACUUACCGCCACAUCAGGCUCAACAGGUGCUUGCUGCCGCGACUGCGGCUGUAAAUGAAGAUAAGCGUGGACAUCGUAAAAGCAUCAAAAGGAGACUCCAGCAGCAACAGCAACAACUUCAACAACAACAGCAACAGCAACAACAACCACAGCCCAUCCAACUGCAGCAGCAGCAACAGCAACAGCAACAACAGCAACCCAUCCAACUGCAACAACAACAACCUAUUCAACAGCUUCAGCAACCACUUCAGCAACUCCAACAACUCCACCAACUUCAACAGGAUCUUCCACAACAAACACUUCAAUCGCAUCAGCAAGUACAACCACUUCAACAAGUUCAACAAAGAACACAAUUCAAUCAUACCACGGUUGAGUCUUUAGUGGAAGAAGCAGCAGCUCAAGCUUGUGCUUGGUAUAACUCUCUCCCACAGCCUUUUUCAAAUGGACCACGGACGUUCUCUCAGGAAGAAAUCAACGCGGUGGAGCAUUUCAUUAGUGGAUAUGGACAUCUUCAUAAGGCUACCAGACAGGAUAUAUGUAACCGUAUCUGGUCAAGAGAACGGAAGAAGGACAAUUUUUGGGAGUCACUCACGCGGAUUCUUCCAUAUCGGUCGCGGGCCUCGGUAUAUAAACAUGUUCGUAGACAGUUCCAUGUGUUUGAAGUACGAGGGAAGUGGACACCUCCAGAAGAUGAAUAUUUAAAAAAAUUGGGUGCCACCAAGGAGGGGAAUUGGAAAGAAAUUGGUGAAAUGAUGGGGAGAAUGCCCGAAGAUGUUCGUGAUAGGUGGAGAAAUUAUAUUAAAUGUGGAGAGAAUCGACUGUCGAACAAAUGGAGUGAAGAAGAAGAAACAAAUUUGAAGGAGAUUGUGGAGGAUUUGUUGAAUAAGGGCAAUGGUAACAAGACUGGUGAUAACAAGGAGAAUAUGAAGGAUGUAAAAGACUCUGGAGGGUCCACCACGGGGCUUAAUUGGACGAUAGUUUCCGAAAGAAUGAAUGGCCAAAGACUGAGAAUCCAAUGUAGAUACAAAUGGAAUAAACUCAUGAAGAAGAAGGCCACCUUGAGGUCCUCAUACAUGGAUACCGCUACAAAGUUGUGGCUUAUACAAAAGAUCCAAAGUCUUGGGUUCCUCACGCGAGAUGCAAUCGAUUGGCAAUAUUUAGUUCAUUUACAUGAGGAGCAGAAUAAGGGGAAAAAGGAUCCAGAGAAGUCUUGGGUUUCUGCUGACUUCCAAGCGGUGUUUGAAAGAAUGGAAAGUGAAGUACGGGACUUUAAAAAGAGAAGAUUGGUGGAUGUGGUCAAUGAAUUAGAGGAGAUAUAUUCUAAAGUUGGUACUGUAGGAGAUGUUACUGCAGAGCAGCAACGUCCUUCGGUAACACAAAGACAACAUAGACUCCAGCCACAACAAUCACAACAACAAUCACAACAGCAAUCCCAACAAGUGCAAGAUCAGCAACAAUCACAACAAUCAGUGCAACAGCAGCUCCAACCACACCCGGCACAACUACACCACACAUAUGGAGAACGUCAUGAGGAAGUCGAUGAUGCCACUUCAAUUGCCAACGCUGCAGUUGCUGCAGUGACCACAGUCAACUCAGAUGAUGUUCAACACCAGGAAUACAGUUUGUGGCGGUAA